AUGCCACGGCCGGGAGCAGGUGCGGACAACGGGGAGGAGGAGUCGGGGCUUGGAGAGCCACCCGACGGCGACGUGCUUGAUGUGGAUCCCACAGGGCGUUAUAUCUGCGUAAAAACCGUCCUGAUGUCUUCGCCGAUUUUUCUUUUUUUUUCCCCUCGUCUAAAAUUAUAUUUAAUUGCUUAUUGAACAGUAUAAAGAGAUAUUGGGCAAGGGCGCCUUCAAAACUGUGUAUGUUCUGAAAUUAUUUCCAUCUCCUUUUAUAUGGUUCACAUAUUUACCAACAUAUUUACCAACUUAUUCACCUUUUGCAGCUACAAGGCGUUUGAUGAGUUGGAUGGAAUAGAGGUUGCCUGGAACCUGGUAAAAAUAGACGAUGUCUUGCAGUCUCCUGAAGACUUGGAGAGAUUAUACUCUGAAGUGCAUCUUUUGAAACUACUCAAGCACGAGAACAUAAUAAAGUUUUAUACUUCGUGGAUCGAUGAGCAGAACAAGACUAUCAACAUCAUUACCGAGUUGUUCACCUCGGGCAGCUUGAGACAGUAAUUUUCUCUCUCUUGCGUGCUGAAUGUUUUAUACUUUUUUUGCCUUUUGCUCUUGUUCGGAGACAACCCUGGUAACUUGGCUAGAUGGACCUCAGGUACCGCAAGAAACAUAAGAAAGUAGACAUGAAAGCUGUCAAAGGAUGGGCCAGACAGAUUCUUACGGGUCUGACUUAUCUCCAUUGUCAUGAUCCACCCAUCAUACACAGGGACCUUAAAUGUGACAAUGUAUUCAUCAAUGGUAACCAUGGUGAAGUAAAGAUAGGUGAUCUUGGAUUGGCAACUAUUAUGCAACGGACAAAUGCUCGGACUGUAAUUGGUAUUCCCUUUCCCUGAAUUUCUAUGCCUCAUUUUUUUCUACUGCACCUAGAUUUUAGAAGAUAAUGUGUACCAUACGAUCAAAAAUGUUCUCAUGCCAAUAUGAUCACCAUUUGGUGCUGUGAUUAGUUUAUUGGUGUUGAAACUAGGCAUUGAUGGUGUGACGUGUUAAUCCUUAAGUCGGCUCUAUAUAGGCACUCCUGAAUUCAUGGCACCGGAGCUGUAUGAUGAAGACUACAAUGAGUUGGUUGACAUAUAUUCAUUUGGGAUGUGCUUAUUGGAGAUGGUGACCUUCGAGUAUCCUUACAGUGAGUGUAGAAAUUCUGCCCAAAUUUUUAAGAAAGUCUCAUCGGUGAGUACUAUUGAUGAGUACGGAUCCUUUCUGUUGUUUAGGUGGCAGGUAUUAAUCUUGAUUCUUCCCUUUAUCAUUGGUUGUCUAGGGAAUAAAGCCCGCGGCAUUGUCUAAAGUGACCGACACAGAGGUUAAGGCAUUUAUAGAGAAAUGCAUUGUCCCUGCUGCUCAACGAUUGCCAGCAAAGGAACUAUUGAAGGAUCCUUUUCUCCAAUUCAAUGGUUUGACCGGAACCCUGGAGAGUUGCCCUCUGCCUUUACCAAAGAUGGAUGCGUUUGAAGACAAUUGCACCCAUAACAAUGAGUCUUGUGCUAGCAGUCGAAAUUUGUCUCUAUCCUUUGACGUUGACUUUGACAACACCGAGCUGCCGCUGAUUACUCUGGUUAAAAAUCCUGGUGAUGAAUCCAACUUGACGGUGAUGGAGGCAAAGAAGGCAGUGAAUGGGAAGAGGUUCAUUCUAAAAGGGGAGAGGAAUGAUGACAAGUCUAUGUCGCUGUUACUUCGUAUCGAGCAUGGCCCAUGUAAUCUAUUCGCAUGCGUUAACUUUGUUGAUCUUUCAUUAUUUAUAAAUCUGAUCAUUCGUGAUUCUUACCUAUAUCAUGUGUGCAGGCCGUCCAAGACAUGUGCACUUUUUGUUUUACCUCGACAGUGACACACCUCUCUCUGUUGCUAGCGAAAUGGUUGACCAAAUAGAACUCGUUGACCAAGAUGUCAAGUGCAUUGCUCAAUUAAUCGAUACAUUGCUGAUAAAUCUGAUCCCUGGGUGGAAACCAUGCGUCCCCACUCAUUUGCUAGCUAGGCUGAAUUGCCAUGCUGAAGCAAAGCAUCGGUGUUCAUCCUCCUACAGCUCCAUGAUAUCUUUUCAAAAUAUUUUUGAGACAAAUGCCAGCCAUGCCGAUUCGACUGGUCAACUCCAUGGAAAUGAUGCUUCCACCAGAAUUCAUGACGAUAUUGCUCACCUUGAUUUUGAAUCUCUGAGCAUUAAUUGCACCGAUGAAAGGGCUUCAGCGGCUUCGCUCUUUUCUACUAUGUCAACGGAGAGAGAUGACAAGUGCCCAGUAAGCUGUGGUUUCACCUCACCUGGUGACUAUCAUUGCCAUGGACCUGCGGUGAAGCAGGGAAUGGACAAGGUCAACACCGUUGACAAAGAGCACGGUCGCAACGUUCUGUAUAAUAUCCCAUCAUCAAGAUUGCAGAUUGGAGAUCCUUCUACAGAUGUGGACAAAGAUCAUGUUGAUAUCGAUGCCAAUGAUCAUGAACUGCGACUGGAGUUAGAGUCUAUAGAGUCGCAAUAUAAGCAAGCGCUAGAGGACAUGUGUAAGAAAAAGCAGCAAGCAAUCGAGGCUGCAAAGAGAAGAGCGGCGCACAGAAAGCAGCUGCUUACCCAGUAA